UUGGGAAAGAUAGAGAAACAAACGAGUGGAAUCUGCACGCGAAUCUUCUUCACGUUGAGGUCGUAGAAAUGCUUCGGCAACAGGUCCGGCCGCUGCUCCUAUCUGUGUCAUUUUCUACCAAAAACUCAAUUUCCUUUUCAAUCCCUCAACAUGUACGUCACAUCGGCCUAUUCACCUUGCUACGAAAGACGAUCGUUAGAGAUAUCACUGCGGGAUAUCGGGUGCUCAAGAUUCGCUCUCAACAGAAGUAUUACACCAAACGAAACUUAACCAUACCUGAUCUUUUUGAACGAGUUGCUGCAAGAAAGGGUUCUAAACCUAUGUUCGUCAGCGAUGACAGUUCAUACACGUUUGCCGAAGCCCAGCAGUACGUCAAUCGUGUGGCAACGUUUUUUCAGGCACAGGGUUUCAAGCGCGGGGAUGAAGUCGCUCUCUACAUGGAGAACAAGCCUGAAUAUGUUCUUCUGUGGCUUGGCUUGUCAAAGCUAGGUGUGGCAACAGCUCUUAUUAAUAGCAAUCUUCAAGACGACCCACUGAUGCAUUGCGCAACAAUGGUUAAUUGCAAGGCAGUAAUCUACUCACCGUUCACCGCGGCGAGCAUUGAAAAGGUUUACCCCCAGCUGCAACAGAAAACGUUACGCCCUGUGCGAUGCUUCACCCUCGGCGAGCCAUCGGGAAAGGUUCCGUCUCAGAAUCUUGAAGAGCUACUGAAUCAGACUUCACCGAUUGACAUCAAGGUACCGAAAAGUGUUUCGGAUCCACUUAUGUAUAUCUAUACGUCCGGCACUCAAGGGCUGCCGAAAGCAGCGAUCAUUUCCAAUACGAAAUUCAUGUGUUACGGCGUUGUGAUGCGACAUAUUGUCAGGCUACGCGAUAACGACGUUUUCUACCUUUGUUUACCCUUAUACCAUCUCUCUGGUGGGGUGGUAGCUUGUUCACAGAUGAUUAUGUAUGGUUGCACUGGCGCAGUUGUAUCAAAGUUCUCCGCAAAAAACUUCUGGCCGGAUUGCAUCAAGUUCAAGGCGACCGUUGUGCAAUAUAUCGGAGAAAUUUGCCGGUACCUGCUGAAUGAGCCCGUCCGACCUGAGGAAACCCAACACUCAGUCAAUGUAAUGUACGGAAACGGGUUGAGGCCGCAAAUAUGGCGGGAGUUUCAAAAACGCUUUCAAAUUCCUAACAUCCGAGAGCUGUACGGAUCGACCGAGGGAAAUUGUAACCUAAUAAAUAUUGACAACACGGUUGGGGCGGUGGGCUUCGUGCCGACAGUAGCCCGAAUCCUGCCUGGCUUCAUCAGCAAACACAUCUAUCCGAUCAAGGUAGUGAAGCUGGACGAUGAGGGGCGGCCGGUUCGAGACAAAAACGGCAUUUGUGAGCAGAUACGUGAAGGUGAAAUCGGUGAAAUCGUCGGCUAUAUUUCGGAGAGCAAUGUGCACAAAUUUGACGGGUAUCUAGAUAAGAAGGCGACGAGUAGCAAGUUAUAUAGCGGAAUUUUUGCUAAAGGGGAUCAAGGUUUCGCGUCAUCAGAUCUUCUUAGCAUGGACGAACUUGGUUAUGUAUACUUCGUCGAUCGUACCGGUGACACUUUCCGAUGGAAAGGAGAAAACGUUUCAACCUGCGAGGUCGAAGCUCUCAUUAGUCAAAUGGUGGACAAUCGCGAUGCAGUAAUGUUUGGCGUCCCUGUGCCGGGCACCGAGGGCAAAGCUGGGAUGGCGGUAAUUCAGGACGAUGGCACAUUAUGUCUCCAGGAAUUCCUGAAAAAGGCUCAAGGCGUAAUACCAGCCUAUGCAUUGCCACUAUUCGUUCGACUCGUCAAGGAGGUUGAACAGACGUCGACAAACAAGAUGAUGAAAAGUACCUAUAUCAGGGAUGGAUACGAUCUGACGAAAGUCAAACAAGACCCAGUGUACUUCCUCGACAUGAGCAAGAAACAAUAUGUACGAGUAAACGACGAGCUCUUACAAGAAAUCACGACUGGAAAGAGACGAUUAUAAGGUGUAAUUAAUAGAAGAAAGCACUGUUUUCCUAUAUACUGCCGCCCAAAAGUGGCUCUUCUGAAUUUUCAAGCUUGUACCAGCGCAACAAGCGAUACCUUGUGUACUAUGAGGAAAUUUAUUAUUCGUAUUUGAUAAACCGGGUUAAACACGUAGCGUCCACACUGACUAAAGCUAACAACUGGUGACAGUAUCAUCCCUGUCACACGAAAAAGUUUUUCGUUGACUACUGAUCAAGCGUUUUUUCCCACGUUGAUGCUGCAGUCGUCUUUACACUUCAUUAUGGUACUGCUGAUGUGCUUUUAUGGGAAUCUCUAGAGCUAAACUUUGUAUCUGCGUUUUUUGGAAAUAGGAAUAUAAUUAUAAGACCGAGUUCUGCGAGACAAAUGCAGCCGCUUUAUAUCAGCACGAAAGCCGUUCGGAGCUGCAAGUACGACGAAACGGAGGUCUGGUUCAAAUUUAGAGGAUCAGAAAAGAUGCCAAUCCAGAUACUUUUUAAAUAGCUAAAUUAAAGAGAUAUAAAUAGAUAAAAUUUUGAAAGGCUGUUUGGUCGUUUCCCUAGUGUACAUAUGCACAAUAUGCGGUAUUCUGGUAAAAUUGAGUAAUAUAAUCUUUCAGAACCAUCUAAACAAAUUGAGUAAUAUAAUCUUUCAGAACCAUCUAAACGUGUAGAAGAGGUUUUGGGGUGAGCAAUACUCAAAGCUGCGUGUUAUGUCACAAUGUAAUUCAAGUAUUGUCUUAUUGCUAGGAAAUAACAAUGUUAGUAUGAUAUAAUAUAAUAAUUAGAAAUGAAACAGACAGAAAAUAAGGCCCAUAUUCAGUUUUUGCCAUCACCGAUUCACGCGCGUCAGUUAGCCGAAAAGGUGUAACAUGUGCAUUGCAGUAUAAUUGCCUUUUGUGUAAAAGUUAUCUCAAUUUGACCUUGUUAUGGGAUUACCUUUUAAAUGGCGUACCUAGAUAUCAUCGAACACGUUUAACAAGCUAACAUACCUGCCAACUCCCAUUGUU